AUGCAAAGGACAGCGUGGCUCGAUGACACCAACGACGGCCCCCCUGCUGGUGCCAGUCCACGGGCGCUGGUUCCAGGAGGGCCCGGGGCAGGUCGGCACGGGCUCGGCCCGCUGCAGGCGGCCGCGGUUCUCAGCGCUGGGCACAAGGUCGUGGCACCGGGCCAGGGAUCGGCUGCCGAGAAUCCCCGGAGCCUCAGGGAAUUUCCAUCUGAAUCAGGCAUUCUCUCCACCAGCAGCCACCUCCCGGGCAAGCCCCGAGCUCCUGCACGCAAGCAGCCGGGGUCAGGAGGUGCAGGGGCUGCGGGCAGCACCGGUGCUCCGGAGAUCGAAGCACACAGAUCGCGCCCGCAAGAGCGGGCCGAGCGUCGGGGGACCCGGCGACCGCCCUCGGGAGGCCUGGCCGGGGUCGGGUACGAGCGGCGAGCGCUGCAGGCCGAUAGCCCCGGGCAGCCCGGCCCAGGGGUAUUCUCAGCGCACGGGCAGCCCGCUGUCCCCGCCCCUGGGAACCCCCUCCAGCUUCUCCUGGUGCCCAUGUGGAGCCACCUGCAUGCCCCGAUCGCCCUAGACAGGGUCCGGGAGGCGGAGGGAGCGGAUCAGUGUCUCCAACUGCAGCAAGUCCCGGCGCUCGGCGGAGCUCCGCACAAAGGGAGGCACUCGGGCCUGGGUCCCUGGGAAGCCCGCGGGCAGCGCUGUCUUCCGUGGAAAUCUCCACUCCCUUUGUCUCUCUGGCCCACGAAACUCUGAAAGACAAGGGGAGCAGUCCCAGGUCACUCAGGCAAGGGCUGCAGGAGCACGGAGCCACUAUGCACUGAGUAGUAACGCGUGGGGGAGGAUGAAACCUCUGGCUCUGCUAGGGGUGAGCAGGGAAUGCACAAACUAGGAUUUGUAGUGAAACCAUCCCGCUAAGGUGGAGAUGGGAGCAGGGCUUUAGCCGCGCCUGGAAAGAGGCUGCGAGUUCAGCGCGGGCUGAGCCAGAGCAGCAAAAGCGUGCCCGGGGCAGCGAAGCUCUGAGCGCUGGAAUAAGUAAGAGGAUCCCGGGAAAAGAGCUGUGCAAUUUUAGCUGUGGAAAGCCCUGGCAUCCCGGGACAGGAAAAAGGCAAUUUAAGCCUGGAAAUUUGUGUUCGGCUGCAAACACUUCAGCCGGGGCUUGCAAUAGCGCUUAAAAAUGAUCCAGGAUGUAAAGCCUCCGCAUCAGAAGCUGCUCAUUUUUUUCGGCCAUCUCCUGAAGAGGGACGUAAGGUUUUGAAUCAUCUCGUUAUUUUUAAAUAUUUUUUCCUCUAUGUUUAGAAGCAUGUUAUAUGUGAGCAAGGCUUCAGGGCUAUUUAUUGUGGCUACAGGCCGAAAUUUUGUAUCACGUCUUCCGUUGAGAAUGGCUCUGUUUUUAAACAAAACUCAGUGCGUUCUGUAGUAAAAGACAGGAAAACCCCCCUCCCAAGUUAUCCAGUUUAACCUCCUUCAUAUAUUUUUUUUUCCUUACAAACAAACUACUUUGGAAGAGAAAUGUGUUUAUUCUGAAACGUUCCCCACAAUUAGUCUCUGCUUUAAACGCAAACUCCGGAUGCAACGAAGUCACUUAUCUGUGGAGAGAUCACCAACAACAUAAAACAGCAGGGAAAGAGGCAGAAAAACCUCUCAGCUGCCGAGGUCACCUUCCAGAUUCUGGGAAGACAACGACACUAAAGGAAAUAUUCGCUUACCUGUCCCUGCUGUCCAAACCAGCACCGGGAGCCUGUCCUGAUCCUGUGCCCUCGGAAAAGCAAUUGCACCCCACUUUGCAUCUGGCUCGAGCAACGGCAAGUUAAAUCUAAAAAUAAAGUGGUUCGGGCUUUUUGCUUGAUGGUUUGGCUUUUUUGAUAAAUUGUAGGUUUGCUGUAGAAAACCUUUAAACGCUAAAAAAUCUUUGGUUAUCUGCAAGCACUGGGGCAGCAUUAGAGGUGCGGGGAGCCCCGGGCCCUGAGCGCGGCGCGCCCCAGGAGCCGCUGCCCCCGCCCGGCUUAGCUCGGGGAUAGCCCGUGAACUUGCAAAGGAGGGCC